UAUGUUGCGCAUCCACAGUUAACGAACACUGCACGGCAACGGUGUGUAAAAUUGUUGCAGGUUGCUCUGUAUUUCCUGUCAAAAGCAGCGAUUUCUGCCGGAGUUUUUGACGAUAAACCGAUUAGUCUGGAAUGGAGGAGGAGCUGGACGAAGGGGAUAUAUCAAAAGUUCGUAUUCUGGAGAGCUUGCGCAUAAAUAUCGGUGAAGCCAAGAACCUGACGUCUGCCAAAGAUUGUUGCUGCACGGUGCGUUUGGACCAGGAGGAGGUUUAUCGCACGGGGGUGAAAGAGAAGACACAAUGUCCUUUCUGGGCCGAGGAGACCACCUUUGACGUGCCGCGGGAGUUCCGCCAGCUCUCUUUCUUCAUCCACGAGAAGGACUGGAUGAAGCGGUUGGACAGCGUCGUCGGGAAGGUGGCACUGCGGAGGGACGACCUGCACCGUUACCAUGGCAAGGACCACUGGUUCCCCCUUCAAGCGGUUGACACUGACUCCGAAGUUUAUGGUCAGGUUCACGUGGAAGUGCGGACGAACGAGGGGUUGGGAGGGGACGGAACGUCAGUAAGCAAGCUGACCGUAAGAGUGCUUGAAGGGAAUGGCCUGACUAUCAUCCACAACCAGUGUGAUCCGUAUGCAACAGUCACUUUCAGAAAUGAAACCAAAAGGACAAAAAUCCGAAGGAAAACAGUGGACCCUCGCUUUGACGAAUCCUUCACCUUUGAGCUUCCGAAGGCAACUGGUGCGGCAGAAAGUAAGACAAAUUCCUGCUCAGAAGACGAGACCGGCAAACAUGACCUCAAAAUCGCCAUGUGGAACUCAACCUCGCUUGGUGAAGGGGUCUUUAUUGGCGAGGUUCGUCUAACAUUGGGAACAAUCAACCUGUCGAGUGGCGUGCACAAAGCAUGGUACUUUUUGAAACCACGGGAGAAUAGCAAGCAGAGCCGGGUGGAGCUGGGCUCGCUGCGGGUCCGCAUCAAUUACCAGCAGGAUCACGUCCUGCCGUCCCAGCACUACAGCCUUCUCAGGGACAUUCUGCUGAGAUCCCCGGAGAUUGAGCCCACCUCUGCCAGUGCUGUCCAAAUCCUAGGCAACCUUGUCAAGGACAAAGUCGAGGCGGCCAAGCCCCUGAUCCGAUUGUUCCACCACCACAAUGCGGUCGUCGCGCUCAUCAAGUCGCUGGCCCGUCAGGAGGUGUCAGAGACAAGUGAUCCCAACACCAUCUUCCGAGGCAACUCCCUGGCCUCUAAAUGCAUUGACGAAUACAUGCGGAUGGAGGGCCUUCACUACCUCUACGACACCUUGCGGGACCUCCUGGAGAGCAUCUACGACGAGCGCAAGCCCUGCGAGAUCGACCCCUCCAAGCUGAAAGAUGGUGACAGCCUGGACACAAACCUGGGGAACCUUCGGCAAUAUGUAGAGAAAGCCUACCAGGCCAUUGUGGACUCGGCCAUUGGUUGUCCCAUUGGCCUGUGUGAGUGCUUUUACGCCAUCAAAGAAGCAGCACAGAAGAGAUUCCCAGAGGACCCUGAUGUCAAAUACUCAGCAGUCAGCGGGUUUGUGUUCCUCCGGUUCUUUGCUCCUGCCAUUCUCUCCCCAACGCUCUUCCACCUCAGAAAAGAUAAUCCGGAUGAACAAACAUCAAGAACACUCAAGAUGGUUUCCAAAGCAAUUCAGACAAUAGGUAACCAUGUCAACCCAGACAAACUGAGUAAUGUGAACUGGAAGGAGGAGUACAUGAGUCCACUGUAUGUUCACAUUCUGAAUGAGGCCCACAUGGACGGAAUCAAAAAGUUUCUAGAGAUCAUCUCGUCCUCCAGUCAGGCCCAGGUCAAGGCCAUCGAGGCACCCAUCACACUCAAAGAAGGGGUUAUGAUCAAGCGAGCUCAGGGCAGAAAGAAGUUCUUGGGAUUUGGUCUGAAGAACUUCAAGAGGAGAUGGUUUCAACUGACCAAUCAUGAGCUGACGUACAGCAAGACAAAAGACAGCAAGCCGCUGUGUAGCAUAUCAGUCAACAACAUUCUUGCCGUGGAGAAACUGGAGGAGGAAUCAUUCCAGAUGAAAUUUAUGUUCCAGGUUGUUCAACCGGAGCGGGCGCUGUACAUACAGGCCAACAACUGUGUGGAGGAGAAAGAAUGGUUGGAUAUUCUGUUCAACAUCUGCAAGACAAACAAGAACCGGUUGCAUUACUAUCACCCAGCUGCCUUCAAGAACGGCCAUUGGAUAUGUUGCAAGGCUACCUCAGAAAGUGCGCAGGGAUGCACGCAGGUCACAGGUGGUCUGCCGUUGAGCAUCUGCCUAGACAUUGACCCAGACCGAGAGCUGGAGAGAAUCCAUGGUCUCUUCAUGGCCAACCUGCAAAAACUUUAUUCUCUACAAGACGCCUGUGCCACGCAAGCCGUGUACCAGGGCCUGCCUUCCUCCACCCAUACCCCGGUCAGCAUCGAGGACCCCAAGACCUGUUUUGCCACGGUUAAUGCCAUGCUGUCUGAGAUCGUGUUCUUGGAGCAGAGGCACAACCAGUAUAAGAAGAUCAGGCAGCGACUGACGGAGUACGGGAGCAAGCAAAGUCCGAUUGGGGACCACAACUGCAACUCAUUCCACUGAUGACACGCUUAAUUGCAGAUGUGCAGGGGGCACACACAUUCCAGAGUUUUGCCUCCCACAUCCCAGGUCAUGCCCUUCCAUCCCGCCCUCCCUCAAGGCAAUGAGGUGGACUGUGACUGAUGUCUGAGGGCAGCAGUUAGGUUGGACUUGGCUCUUCUUUGCUUGAGUCAGGAAGAUUUGCUACAAAUAAGAGAGGAAGAUUAAAAAAAAAAACUGAAAGUUGUAAGAAGUUGAAGUUAAGUAUAAUGCAAAUUUCUGGGGGAAAAAAGACUGGUUUAUCAUAAAAAAUACCUAAACACAAAUCAUGGAACAAGAAACAUUGAGUUGGCUUUAUUUGCUGUAAGGCAUUUUAAAAUGCUCAAUUUUAGUAAGUCACCUGAAACUUCCAACAUAAUACAGAAAAGAGAGGAGUCUCUCCUCAUCUGCGGAACAUGGUGAGGUUGAAAAAAGAGAUUCUGUUACAUUCAGUACAUAAACCAGGGCAUUUUUUUAAUGGAGAAAACUCUUUAAGCACAAACUGAAUACCAAAGAUACCAAACAUGCUAAAAAGUACUCUGUACAUGUAACAGUAAAUGUAUAAUGUGUCGCUGAACAGCGCAGGUAUUUGUGAACCAUGUUCUGGUCAGAUCAUUCCAUUUGGUUUAGACUAUCACUAUAUGUUUGGGUUUUAGACCACCAGUACACCAAAGAAUUUGACUUUUUUGUUGGACAUUCUCUCCCCACCUUUCUAACUUUCUGUCCAAAGUUCCAGUCAUGUCUGGUUAAUGCCAGGAUGUUAGUCACUACACCAGGUCACGUAUUGUUUAUUCCCACAUUGGCCACAGUCGAAGCAAACCUGGUUUUGCCUUAUAAUGCAGGUGUCGACCGUGUUUAGUUCCAGAUUUGGCAAUACAUUUGUAUCUGGCCACCACAUACCAACCACCCAAGCAUCACCCCCCCCCCGCCAUGUUGUCAUUGAAGAGAAGUUCAUGCAGAUUGGGGACAACUGAAAUUGAGAAAAAUGUGUUUUGUAGGUUGUAUAUUUUAAAACUUAUCAGGGUAUACAAAACUUGAGAAUAUGCUGGCCAGACACAGAAGUCUUUCCCUGGAUUUGGUUUACUUUCCAGGCUUGAUUACCUAGGUUAAAAAAGACAAAGCUAGACAAAGGAAUCAAGUUGGCUGGAUUGCUCUUCAGUCUUUGAUGAGUUUACUCAAAGUUAACUUGCACUGAUGUUGAAGUUGACCUUGAGAUUAUGCAAAAGACAGUGCAUAUUCAGCUGUUGCCUGCUAAGCUUAAGUGAACAAUAUUUUAAUAGCCAUCUACAUGUAGAUAGCGCCUUCUUUGAUGCGAAUACACAAGAAAGACUAUAAAGAUUAGUAAAUUGGCGCUAUCCCCAAGGUGGAGGCCAUAGUCUAGUUGAUAGUGCACCUAUCUUGAGAGCAAACAUGAAGUGCUACCAGCUGGGUUCAAUUUCCAGCUAUUUGCGUCUUUUUUUCUCCCCCAAAAUUAAGAGUAUUCUUGUUAUUUAAAUUGACUUCAAUAUUGAAUUACAGAGUCUUGCAUUUUCCUUUUUCUGAUUCAUGGCUCUGGAGGAUUUCUUAAUGGGAAAAAAGUCAGAUAUUGUAAAGUGGUCUGAUUCCACCUUGUGAAUACGCAGUAAACAACUGUGUUGGUGCAGAACCAGAUUAGUAUUUUCUACAGUAACAAUUUUUGAGUAAAAAACUGCUUACUGCACAUGUGCCUGGCUAAAUAUCGUGCAGUUAAAUUGACCGGCAACAGAUAAAUAUCUGCUGCCUUUACAAAAAGCUGGGACAGCUCACAAAACGUGACACACAGGUACAGGUACCCAUACUGUGAAAUGUUUGUAGUGUUACCAAAUUUGUCAUUUUAUUUGAAUUUUGGUUUUUAACUCUUCUUAAUGAUUCCCUUUUUAUUUGAACUUGUGAAAUGACGUAAAUGCCUAUAGGUUGUCAAUCUUUGUAAAGAUACAUGAGUAAGAUUAGUAACUGAUAUACAUUAAAGUACUACAUGUCUUUAUGAAAUGACUACAUGUAUAUAUCUGCUUUGACCCUCAAGAUUAUAGCACCAAUUUGCCUGGUGUUGCUUCACAUCAACGCUGUUUUUUCAACUAUAGAAACAUUUUUGCCAACACAGAAUCAGUGAUUGAAAUUUUCUAAAAAGUGUAUUUUUUGUACAUUUUUUGUACACCGGAUAUUGUUAAUUAGUGUAUUCAUAUUCUGAGCUAUUUUUGGGACAAGAGUUGUUGCGUACAGGACCAAGUCGGAGUCACUGUAAAGAUCAGCAUCGUCAUUAUUUUUUUUUUAUUAUUGGCAGAGUGAUGUGCCUUUGUGUAACUUAAAAAUGUUCUCCAAUUGGGUGGAAAUGUUAGAUUUAUAAUUCAGUGUUCCACUUUUGCUUCUUUGGUUACGACUCAUUUUCACCCCAACCCCCAACAGUGAGGACAAGAGACAUGAAGCAUUUUGUCAAUUUUCCAGGUCUGCACUUGAAAAUUGUAAAGAAUCCACACAAGUUCAGACUUUUAAUUAACAUAUGACAGAAAACAAACUUUGUCAUGUUCGUCUUCAAUGAAGACUUACGUAUAUUCCGUACCUCUCAGGUUAAUUUGUGAUUUAUUCUGUAAAUAUACUAAGUGUUAUUUUAGAUUGAAUGUAGAAUUUUGAGGACAUUUUUUCUUUUAUUGAGAAAUUCUAUCAGAUUGAAACAGUCACUUGGAAUAGUUGAUAUUGAUAAGUUGAUUUGUUCCAGUAAUUUGGAAAAAAUUUCCCUGGCCUGUUAAUGUAAUGUUUUGUUGAACUUGUUUUAUUUACGUGCCUUGUCAAAACACUGUAAAUGAUUAAAAAAAAUUUGAAAAAAGCAACCAGUGAAAUACAUGUAUACAUAUACACAGUAUUUUAUUUUAUUUAACUCACUUGUGUAAAAGUGCAUAUAAAAGAAAUCUGUAAACUGUCUUUUCUUUCAACAUGUAUGAGGGAAGCCAUUUUUUGUUUUUUAGUAUUUUUAUUAUUUCUAUUCUUUUCUUCAAGUAUUUUAUUUGUUUGUCUGCGCAAUAAAUGUACUACAUGAGUUAUCUGGUAUUGCAGUCGAGCCCAUCGUAAGUCCCCAGAAUUGUAAUGACUUGAGUCAAUAGCUUGUCUGAGUUUGACUCAAUAGCUCAUCUAAGUUUUACUCAAGUCCAAAUUUUGGAGACUCAUCAAGUCAAACCUGACAGGUAAAUGACUUGAGUCACUUCCAGCAUGUGACUUGACCUGAUUUGAGUCCCUCAUCAGAAGACCCAACUUGAGUGAAGUUAACUUGGGUCACAAAAAUAAUAGCGAUCUUCUUUGCAAGAAAAAUAUUUGCAGCAGUGACUUACAGUGCUGGUAAUAAUGUUCAUGUCAUAUGAUAUUAUCAAGAGUAAGAUGUGGUAUGACCACAUUUAUGUGUAUUAAUGCAGAAAUAAAUUUUAAAAUGUCUGAAAAUGACUUUCUCUCGUUUUUAUUCAUUAUAUUGAUUUCAAAUAUUUGUGACUCAAAUUAACCAAAGCUAAAACUUGACACAAAUCAACUUUUUUGCCUAAUGACUCGAGUCACAAAAAUUUGUGACAUAUUACAAUUCUGAAAGUCCCCACGUAAGUCCAGUUACAAGUCGGUGCACAGGAACUGUCAUAAGUAACUGGGUGAAAAAUGAGAAACACUUUUGUCAUAGCUUAUUUGAAUAGUUUGUAAAUUGGUUUAAGACAAGCUUGACAUGGACUUGUGAUGGGCUCAACAACACUGGAGCUAUCUAUGAAAAAUAAACCCUGGUAGAUUAGGAAAGGAUUGAAUAACAGUUUAAAGGAUUGAUUUUAACUGUUGAAUUUAAAGUGGUUGCGACCAACAAGGGCACCAUUGCCCCCCCCGUUUCAAAGGAGACAAAGUAUACAUACGGUAACAAUGGUCCUGCACCUGCUUGUGAAAGUGGUCUUCAAAAGCUGUAAACAGUUGAAGCAAGAAAUGCUAGGCAGAGCAUGCCACGACAAGGAAUAUAUUGCCCAAGCCCCAUGUCCCUGGGUCCGUUCAAAGAUGUAUAUACUGUAUAAUUAACCGUACACUUAAAUAGAUCUUAACAUUGGCUUUAUUGAAUAAAAUUUAAGAAUGCACCAAAUGUUUUUAAUGGGGGGGAAUUAUUGCGCCUUUUCUUUUAAGGCUUUCAAGAACACACUGCAAAGGAACUGGCAAGAACAAAUGAAGUUCUGAGUAAAUCUUUUUUUAAAUUUUAACUCCAUUUUCUGUUAUUUACAAUACGCUGUUUAACUUUUCUGAUGAAUUACCAAUAAUGAGUGCAUGGUCAAGUACAGAGUAGUUUUGAACUUCCUGAAAUUUCUGUUUACUGAAAAUCAAUUCAGUGUGUACAAAAUUGUACAGAAAAAUCUCGGAUUCCACAAGAAGUAAAGUGGCUUUUGUUAUGGCAGUUUUCCGUGACAAACUGUCCUGCUGCACAAUUUGUUAAAAGGCAAUGGAGCAUGCGUGGUUCCUGUGUAAAUGUAGUGCAUAUUUUUGAAACGUCAGGGCAGUACUUUGAAAGAUUUGUAAUCAACUUGACAGAAACUUCUGUGAUAUUUGAUAAACAUUCCAUUGGACUUUUUUAAGCGUGAAAAUUUGUAUGACAUAGCCAGCAAGCACCUAGAUAUGUACACUGAACUGCUUGCAAGGCCUAAUAAGACAUUCCAAAAGAAAAGAAUUUUUCCAUAGUUUGGUUGUGUCCUUUGCAUGGUUGGUGGUCAACAACUUUAAAUCAAAUUUUGAAAACAAAGAAGUAAAAUCUAUGUUUAUUUCCUAACCAUACAAGUACCAUGCAGUGAUGGUGGGGGAAAAAUUGGUGUUGCUGUUCUGUUGAUUAAAAAUGCAGCUCAUGCAAAAUUGGCCAAAAUCCAUUUUUUUGUGUGACUAGAGUGGAGAUUGCAAUAAAGGCAAGAAAGAAAACAAACAGACUGCACGUAAGAUCAGUUUGUAUGUAUUUUA